UGCGGCGGGCAGGGCGGGGCCGCGGGGCGGAGGCUCCGGGAGGGACCCGCCCCCUCCCCAGCCUACAAGUCGGCGCGCAGGAAGCGCCUCCACAUCCGUGCCUGCGCUGCGGUCCGCUCCCCGCACCCCGCGCCGCCGUAGCCUCAUUGAACCAUGGCGACAACUCCUGCAGCUGCCUUUGAGGCCCUCAUGGAUGGAGUGACAAGCUGGGAGGUACCCAAAGACCCUGUCCCCAGUGAACUCCUUCUCACUGGAGAGGCCGCCUUCCCGGUGAUGGUGAACGACAAAGGCCAGGUCCUCAUCGCGGCCUCCUUCUAUGGCCGAGGCCGCCUGGUGGUGGUGUCCCACGAGGGCUAUCUGCUGGAUGCCGGCCUGGCCCCGUUUCUUCUCAAUGCGGUGCGCUGGCUUUCGCCCUCUGCUGGGGCGCCUGUUGGUGUGCACCCGUCCCUGGCACCCCUGGCAGACAUCCUGGAGGGCUCCGGGGUGGAGGCACAGGUUCACCCAGAACCAGCAGAACCCCUGGAGGUUUACUGCAUCAGUGCCUACAAUGACACCAUGGCUGCAGAGCUGAUCCAGUUUGUGAAACGUGGCGGGGGCUUGCUCAUCGGGGGCCAGGCCUGGUUCUGGGCCAGUCAGCACGGUAGUGACAAGGUGCUGUCCAGGUUCCCAGGGAACCAGGUGACCAGUGUGGCCGGAGUGUACUUCACUGACACCUAUGGGGACAAAGACUGCUUCAAGGUCUCCAAGAAGGUGCCCAAGAUCCCUCUCCUAGUCAGGUGUGGGGAGGACCUCAGACAGGAUCAGCAGCAGCUCCUGGAAGGGAUCUCGGAGCUCGACAUCGGGACCAAGGGACUCCCCUCGCAGCUGCUGGUGCACGGGGCCCUGGCCUUCCCCCUGGGCUUGGAUGCCUCUCUGCACUGCUUCCUGGCAGCUGCCCGCUAUGGCCAGGGCCGGGUGGUCCUGGCUGCCCAUGAGGGCAUACUCUCUGCUCCCAGUAUGGGAACCUUUUUACUCAAUGCUGUGCGCUGGCUGGCCAAAGGCCAGACGGGCAAAGUUGGGGUGAAUACCAGUCUAGAAAAACUGCACGCCCUGCUGUCAGAGCACGCACUGGAGUGCAGUCUUGAGCCCCAUCUGACGAGUGACGUGUGCGUCUACUGCUGUACCGCUUACAGCGACAGGGAGGCUAAGCAGCUGCAGGAGUUUGUGGCCGAGGGUGGGGGCUUGCUGAUCGGGGGCCAUGCCUGGUGGUGGGCCUCCCAGAACCCCAGCCGCUCCGCGUUGGCUGAUUUCCCCGGUAACGUCAUACUCAACAGCUUUGGCCUCAGCAUCCUAGCUUGGACCAUGGACCCGGGCUGUUUCCCAGUCCCUUCCGCCGACAGCCUGAACUACCACUUCCGCAGGGCGCUGUCUGAAUUCCAGGCUACCUUGAACCUCAAGGGUGGCAACUUGGAGAAGAACUGGCUGGCGAAACUGAAAGUGGAUGGAGCCGGCUUCUUCCAGAUUCCCGCGGAGGAGGUCCCUGCCUAUGCCUCCCUGCACCGGCUCCUGAGGGGGUGGCUGCGUUGUUCAGGGUUCCCAGCUGUGAGCCGGGAGAACCCGGUGGCCGGCGACUCCUGUGAGGCGGUGGUGCUCUGCCUGGCCACGGAGCUGGCGCGCUCUGGCACUGACUGCUCCAAGCUGGCACAGGCGCUUGGAGCCUGGUCCUGCGGCUCCGACCUGUACCUAUCAGAACACGCAGUGGAGAUCGAUGCACGCAACCCAGGCGGCGGUGAUGCCUGGGUGAGUAUGGGGCUGCACCUCCCAAGUGGACAGUUUACAGAAGUCUCCGUGUGUGAAGCCACAGCUUGCGCCGGCCUGAAGUUACAGAUUGGCUGCCACACCGACAACUUGAUGAGUGCCAGCAAGCUGUGUCGAGCCCCUGUGGUGACUCACCAGUGCUAUAUGGACAGGACCAAGCAGUCGGUCUCCAGCCUCUGGGGCGGCCUUCUCUAUGUCAUCGUGCCCACGGGCUGUAACCUGGGGCCCGUGUCCGUCACCAUCAAGAGGGCUGUGCCUGCCCCGUAUUACAAGCUGGGUGAGACAUCCCUGGAGGCGUGGAGGAGCUGUGUUCAGGAGAGCCCGGCUCCCUGGGGAGAGCUGGCGACAGACAACAUCAUCUUGACGGUGCCGACUGCAGACCUCCGGGCCCUGGAGGACCCAGAGCCCUUGCUCCGCCUCUGGGACAAGAUGAUGGAGGCUAUAGCCAGGCUGGCGGCCCAGCCCUUCCCUUUCCGCCGUCCAGAGAGGAUUGUUGCUGAUGUGCAGAUCUCAGCCGGCUGGAUGCACUCGGGCUACCCCAUCAUGUGCCACCUGGAGUCCGUGCCGGAGCUCAUCAAUGAGAUGGCCAUGAGAAGCCAAGGGCUCUGGGGCCCCGUGCACGAGCUGGGGCACAACCAGCAGCGGAAGGAGUGGGAGUUCCCCCCGCACACCACCGAGGCCACCUGCAACCUGUGGUCGGUCUAUGUGCACGAGACGGUCCUGGGCAUCCCCAGGGCUCAGGCCCACCCAGCUCUGAGCCCUACAAAACGGGAGAAUAGGAUCAAAACACACCUGGAAAAUGGAGCCCCUCUGCGCAGCUGGGAAGUGUGGACAGCUCUGGAAACAUAUCUGCAGCUCCAGGAGGCCUUUGGGUGGGAGCCAUUCACCCAGCUCUUUGCUGAGUACCAGACCCUCUCUGACAUCCCCAGUGACAACCCUGGCAAGAUGAACCUGUGGGUGAGGAAGUUCUCUGAGAAGGUGCAGAAGAAUCUGGCUCCGUUCUUCAAGGCCUGGGGUUGGCCUGUCGAGAAGGAGGUGGCUUCCAGCCUGGCCUGUCUGCCUGAGUGGGAAGGAAACCCCAUGAGGGCGUACCUCUAGACUGAGAUGUAAACAGCGGGCACCCAGCAGUGUGUGUUUGGAACGGGGGUGACCACGAAGGGCGGGGGUGAUCACUCGCCCACUCCACCUCCCUGUGUUUCUUGCCUAGUGUGCCCUGAGCCUGAAUCCUCCUUUGCUGCCUGUGCUCGGGAAGUCCUUUAAGGUGCUAAGACAAAACAAAACCAGCUUUCUCAGGAAAACACCGCUGUGCUUCUUCUCUGCCGCUACGCUCGCUGCCACUCAGAGACUUGCUUCACCAUCCUCGCCCUCCUGCAGAGGAUGUUUCCUUGAGUUUCCGCAAGCUCUUGGCUUCUAUUUAUGACCAAUAAUUUUAAAGACUCUGGAUUGCAUUAUAAUCUGAUAUCACUCCCUCACCCCAGCUGGCCCUGAAGAAACCUCUUAUCUCCAGCUCUCAGAAGCUUUCUGGUUGUAAGAGAGACAGGCUGCUCUGAUGGAGAUGGCUGUGAACCAGCUUUGGUUCUAUGGAAAGUCACUCAACAAUCUGUGCGUGUGGAUUCUUAUUCGCGACAUGGGGAUAAAAAUCUAUUGUUUGAUGAUGGUUAACUGCAGGAGUUGGUGAUGGACAGGGAGGCCUGGCGUGCUGCAGUUCAUGGGGUCACGAAGAGUCGGACACGACUGAGUGGCUGAACUGAACUGACUGAACAUGUUUGAACACCACCUGUGUGUACAUAAGGCAGCUCUUCAGCUAUCACCAGGCCUGACAGUGACCUGUCUGCCCAGUUUGAAGUGGACAGCCUGCAAACUGAAUCUCCCUUCAGAGUCUACCUCACUGAGAUUUGCAUUCCGUCCUUGAGUGAGAGUAUUUAGUGAACAAGAGUGCUGUGCCCAGACGUGGUAUCAGUGAUAGUCUUCAAGAUCCUAGCCCAUCCUAUGUGUCCUUUCUCCUGCCUCUGGAAGGAUGCUGGGGUGUGACUUCAUCCCAGGAAUGGUGUAAACUCAAAUGAGAUGGUGUGAACUCAAGCUGGAGGUUACAACACUAUUGGGGUUUGGUUUUCUUGGUUAGUUUCAUCUUCGAGUCCUUUUGCUCCAGCCAAAGGUAAAAAAUCAGCCCUACCAAGUCCAUCAGCCUGUUGGUUCUUGGCACAGAACAGGCAGCUGGGUCCUCUGGUCACCAUGGAAUCAAGGCAGAAUCCUCAGCAGCAGUGCUGAGAGGGUCCAGUGGAACAGGAUCCUGAGUGUGCAGACCGAGUUAACCACACUCACUGACCGCCCCGCAGGCCAGCAUCCCCCGAACCUUCUCAUCAUCUCAUUCCAGUCCCUCCCGGCUCUCUGGCUGGGUGGAGUUCCAGUUAGAGAUCUACCUCCAGGAUUAGCGGCAUGGACACUGAGCCAUUUUCCUCAAGCUUGGUUUUUAAACCAUAGUUUUGUUCUCGGUAUCACUCCCUGAGUUUUGUUGAGGACACAGUGGCCCCUCAGGCAAACAGACCUGGGGAAUGUCUUUCUCUGAAGCCCCUCAGCACAUCCUUCUCCCAAUUUGAGGAUAAUUUCCUUUUGUUUCACUCAAAUUUCGUCAGGUGCAUUUCUGAUAGAAAAAAAGCUCAAUAAAUAUUUGUUCUAUUAUACAGACUGAAGUCAGAAAGAGAAUAAAACCAAUAUUGUAUACUAACACAUAUUUGUGGGAUCUAGAAAAUUGUAUUAGUGAACUUAUUGCAGGGAGGCAAUGUAGACACAGACUAGAGAAUGGAUUUGUGGGCACAGUGGGGGAAGGAAGGAGGCAAACGAAUGGAGAAAGUAGCACCCACAUAUGUACACUAUCAAGUGUAAAAUAGAUAGCUGGGGAGAAGUUCCUAUAGAACGCAAGGAGCUGAGUUCAGCGCCCUGUGAUGACCUAGAGGGGCAGGAUGGAGGGAGACGGGGGAGGUGAUGCAUGCAUAAUUAUGGCUGAUUUGCAUUGUUGUAUGGCCGAAACCAGCACAACCCUAUAAAGCAAUUUUCCUCCAAUUAAAAAAUGAAAUGGGAGAAUAAAUCAAUAAAUAUUUGUUCAUUGAUGGAACAGUAACGGCAUCUAAUACAUAAUGAAUAGUCUUUAUGCCCCAGGCUUGGUGAGAGGCAUUUCCUAUGAGUUAUCUUGUAUAAUCUUCACCACAGACCUCUUUAGGUUGGUAAUAUCAUUACCCCACUUCAUAGACAAGAAAGGGAACAGUUAGGGAUGUUAAAUAACUUCUGAAGUCACAAAGCCAGUAAGAGGAAGGGUCAGGGCUUGACUGAAGCCCAUAGCAAUGACAAACUCGUGGAGCUUUUUUCCAUGGAUAAUUUUCCAUUUAGAAGAAAGUUCACCUAGAAAAAUGGAAGUUCAACAAGGUUUGGACUUAUCCAUGCACUUAUCCAUGAAUUUUUAUUAAAUAUCAAAUUUAGCCUCCAAAAAUGUGUCGCUACCUAAUCUUCCAGUUGUCCCAGAAUGUGCUUAGCCUCCCUAUAGAGCGAGAGAAAGGAUUUGAACCCAGGCAAUUCAACUCCAGAAUGGGUGUUCUUAGCCGUGACGUUAAGGAUGAGUAAAGGAGUGGAUAAAGCUGGGUUGAAGAGGCUGCCAUAGAGACAAAGACAAAACCUGAAUUUUCUCCAGCUUCUCUGGAGUGGAAUCUAGCACCCUUCUCCUUCCUACAGGAAGACUGUGUCUCUGCCGCUGUUUGUAAGUUCAGAAUUCGUUGUGUGUAACUGCGACACUCCGAGUAUUCUGUAUUCCAGAGCACACUUGCUCUCAAGGAUGUCAAUGCAGUUCUGGUGAAUUGCUGAUAAAUGCCACUUGCUGGGAACUGUUCUAAGUACUUUUUGUUUGUGUAUGCUCACAACAGUCCAACAGAAUAAGCACCAUGGCUGUCUCCAUUUUUCAGGGAAGGAAGCAGAGAUACAGAAACCACACUUCCCCCCUGAAAGUUGCACUCAGGACCCAUGUUUUUAGCAAGCAUACUGAACGAUAUUACUGGGUCUGCCACAACCUGCAGUUCUGCUUGCAUGGAACUGUGUGUAUGGCUACUGAAUCACCACAUGACCAGAUGAAAACUACCAAAACUCCCUGUUUGCUGGGCAGGAAUUAAACUCAGACAAUAGAGA